GCUCAGCCACCCGCGCGCUAGGCGUGCCUGCAGGACGCCGGCAGGCUGCGGGGACGUUCCCGGCCCCGCGCCAGCGGCUUUCAUAGGGCCGCGGCCGGGCACCGUCCCAAAGCCGGUAGUCGAGUGCCGACCCAGCUCCGCGCCUGGCAGGCCGCGCUCCCCAGCUGGUAUGUCGUGGCCCCAGCUCCGGCGCCCGCGCCUCCUCGCUCGCGCGCCUCGCGGCGACCCGAGGCUUGCUCUGCUGCUCUUGUUGGCGCUGGCGCCGCUGCUCGCGGCGGGGACCCACUGCCCGUGCUCGGAGCCCGAGCUCUGCAGCCCGAUCCAACACCGCCCGGACUUUGAGGUAUUUGUAUUUGAUAUUGGAGGGAAAACUUGGAAAUCUUAUGACUGGUCACAGAUUACAACUGUGGCAGUUUUUGGAAAAUAUGACCCAGAACUUAUAUGCUAUGCUCAUUCAAAAGGAGCCAGAGUAGUUCUGAAAGGAGAUGUAUCCAUAAAGGAUAUCAUUGAUCCUACUUUCAGAACAUCCUGGAUAGCUCAAAAACUGGAUUUGGCCAAAACACAAUAUAUGGAUGGAAUUAAUAUAGAUAUAGAGCAAGAAGUUACUUGUUUAUCACCUGAAUAUGAUGCAUUAACAGCAUUAGUCAAAGAAACCACAAACUCUUUCCAUCGUGAGAUUGAGGGAUCACAGGUAACCUUUGAUGUAGCUUGGUCUCCAAAAAACAUAGACAGAAGGUGUUAUAAUUACACUGGAAUUGCAGAUGCUUGUGACUUUCUGUUCGUGAUGUCUUAUGAUGAACAAAGUCAGAUCUGGUCAGAAUGUAUUGCAGCAGCCAAUGCUCCCUAUAAUCAGACAGUAACCGGGUAUAGAGACUAUAUCAAGAUGGGCAUUAACCCUAAAAAACUUGUGAUGGGUAUUCCUUGGUAUGGUUAUGAUUAUACCUGCCUGAAUCUUUCUGAGGAUCAUGUUUGUACCAUUGCAAAAGUCCCUUUCCAGGGCGCUCCUUGUAGUGAUGCUGCAGGACAUCAGGUGCCCUAUAAAACGAUCAUGAAGCAAAUAAAUAGUUCUAUUUCUGGAAGCCAAUGGAAUAAAGAACAGAUGGCUCCUUAUUAUAACUACAAAGAUCCUGCUGGAUAUUUUCAUCAAGUGUGGUAUGAUAACCCUCAGAGCAUUUCUCUGAAGGCAGCAUAUAUACAAAACUAUGGUUUACUGGGCAUCGGCAUGUGGAAUGCAAACUGUCUUGACUAUUCAAAAGAUGCUGUAGCCAAACAGCAAACUGAAGAAAUGUGGAAAGUCUUAAAGCCAAAGCUGUGACAGAGAAAAACAUCUUGUUAAACUCUGAAGAUUUAAAAAUUAUCUGUAUAAAUAGAUCUGUUUCCUGAAGAGAUUAAAAAAUACAUGCAUUUUUGUUAUGUUGCUAUAUAUUUAGUUACUAAAUACUGAAAAAAAAAACAGAUAAAGAAUAAAGAAAUGGUUUGAUGGAAUUUGAAAAAGAAAGAAAUAAAAAUCUUAAAUA